AUGCUAAUUGGUCUUCAACUAAUCUUCAUCGACGAGAAGAUAUUCAAUUUCGAUUCCUUGAGCUUAAACCUUGUUUGGGUUGCAAGAAGACCACCUGGUUACGCUUUUCUUGAUUUUGAAGACUCAAGGGACGACCGCGACGCCAUCCGUGACUUAGAUGGCAAGAAUGGAUGGAGAGUAGAGCAGUCUCAUAACCGUGGCGGUGGUGAAGGCCAUGGUGGUGGUCGUGGAGGAGGUGAUGGUGGUCGUGGCAGUGUUUCGGUUGCAAGAAGACCACCUGGUUAUGCUUUUCUUGAUUUAGAAGACUCAAGGGACGCCCGCGACGCCAUCCGUGACUUAGAUGGCAAGAAUGGAUGGAGAGUAGAGCAGUCUCAUAACCGUGGCGGUGGUCGUGGAGGAGGUGAUGGUGGUCGUGGCCGUGGUGGUUCUGAUUUGAAGUGCUAUGAGUGUGGCGAGUCUGGUCACUUUGCAUGUGAAUGCCGCUCCUGUGGUGGUGGUGGCGGCUUUAGGAGGGGUCGAAGUCCUUCUCCUCGUGGUCGCAGCCGUAGCCGAAGUCCUCCAAGAUACAGAAAGAGCCCAACCUAUGGAGGGCACAGGUUCUUUGUUAUUUGACAUAUAUAUAUAUAUAUAUAUAUAUAUUUUAGCGAAAAAAGAACUAGGUGUUCUUAGAAAUAAAUAAUCUGUCAGAUAAGUUAUUUUCUGAUGAACGAUCACCUUUGUGUGGUCAAUUAAGAAACAAAAUGAAAAGGGGAAGGGUGGGCAUUCAAAAAAUUGAAGUUGGGACCAAUACCACCUAAAAUGAGUUCUGCAUCACUCCAAAUA